UUAUGAAGAGCAGAAUACUGGUCCUACCCAUCAACGGACAAGGGGUCUGGAUAUUUUUCCCGCCGCGAGAAGUCUUCAAAAUUUCAACACCAGUUUAAAUGGUGAGGCAUCUCUUUGUCGUGAAUCAGAUUUACGUGAAUGGACAAAUGCACCUGAAUUCGUGCCGGCAAACAACAAAUAUUUAGCCACUUCUUCGAAAUCAAAUGACAGUGUUGAUAGCUCACAAAAUGAGCAGACUUCUGAAUCAUCAGCUAAACUGGAUAUGGAAUUCUGUCCGCAUUUCUUUGAUGGUGCUUGUCCAUUCGACGAUUGCCCAUGCAUCCACGGAGAGUUAUGUGAACUGUGUCAAAGAUAUUGCUUGGAUCCUUUUGACGAAAAGCAACGAGGUCUUCAUAUUGCAGUCUGUAGGCAUGGGCGAGAUACGGAUAUUCGACGUGAUUUGUCAUGUGGUAUAUGUUUGGAUAUCGUACUGGAAAAAGAUCGAGUUGCAGUCCGUUAG